AUGGCGACGCGGGCGAUCGCGCGCGCGAUCUCGGUCGCGCCCGCGCGCGCGCGAGCGGGCGAACGCCCCGCGCGCGGCGCGGCGCGUUCGCGCGGGCGGGCGUGGGAGACGUCGCGCGCGCGCACGUUCGUCCCGUCCGCGCCCACGCGCGCGGGUGCGGCGGUGGCGUCGACGCGGACGUCCACGGUGACGCCGCGGGCGUCGAGCGUGGACGAUGACGUGGUGGUGGUCCCUGGGGAUUACCGCGUCGGGGGAAUUCUGCUCGCCGUGGCGGCGCUCACGGGACCGGCGUUGCACCUGUGGACGCAGUCUGUGAUUCACGGCGUCUUGGGUGGGUUUUUGUCGUUCCAAGCGUCGCGCGUGCGCUUUCGAUUCACCCGAGAGGCGAUUGAGGUGGUGUUCAUCGAGCCCGGGGCGAGCGACGAGACGGCGGCGAACGUCGACGUGGCGACGAGCGGCGAUAAUAAGCUCCAAGGCGGGGGUGAGAACCGCUGGGCGUACGACAGUAUCACGAACUGGGAGUUCUGGUGGCCCGGAUUUCCAUGUCUCGUGUACUUCAGGGAGACGCAGACGAAGAGCGAUGGACAGCCACACUUUUUCCCGAUCAUCAUGGAUGGCGAGUUGCUGUACAAGGUCAUGCUCGAUCGGUUCCCGAAGAGCGUGAACGAGAAGCCGUCUCCGAGUGAGUGGAGCUUGGAUUUGGCGCUCGAGCAAACGUCCAUCGGGAGACAGAUCAAGGAGAACCUCACGGACGAGCAGCGCCAAAAGGUGAAGGAACUCAAGGGGAUUCCGUAUCUCGACAAGAACUAA